CUGAAUUCGACCGUUAGCAGGCAUCUCAACAUUCUUACCGUAUAAAAUUACAUGAUGAUGUUGUGUUUCCUAAGAGAUCAGAGAUAAUUUAAUGGGGAACUGUAUGUGGACAAGCUUUGGUAGUGCAGAGGCACCGGGCAGAAUGUUGAGUGUGAUCAGUAGAGGUGAUAAUACGUAUGAUCCAUUUCAAUAUGCACAAUCUUUUCCUGUGGAUGUGCAGUUGGAAAAUGUGGCGCCCUGUAGACUGUCAUCUGGAUCAGCUGCAGAUCUUCUUGCCAAAAUUAGUAACAAAGAGCCCACUGUGGAAGUUGUGCCUUCUCAGCAGAAGGGUAUUUGGAAAGUGAAGUUGGUUAUAAGUGUUGAGCAGCUUCAUGAUAUUCUUUCACACCAGUCCAACACAGAGGCCUUGAUUGAGAGAAUGAGAUUGACGGCUUCUGCUUCUGCUUCUGCUUCUGCAUCUUCGCCAUCAACGCAAAAUCAGCGUAGAGUUUCCUUUUCCUCUGCUUGUUACUGGAAGCCUUCUUUGGAGAGCAUUUCAGAGGAUACAACUUUUGAUAAUGGCAUCAGGACUGCCAUUACUGGUAAGUAAGUUGGCAGUGUAGGAGUUUAAGGCGUUGUGUAACAAAGUAUAUAUUAGUGUUGUUUGGAGUGAAAUAGAAACCAUGGUUUCAGUUUCACCCAUGGAAUUGGAUAUUUGUAAUGCGCAAAGGUCAUGUGUAUGACUUCAGGAUCAUAUUUGUGGCUAAGGAUGGGCUUUCAAAAUUUAAACUGUCAUAAUAUGCAACUGUAUAUGUUGGGUCUCCACAGGGUUAUAAAAUAAAGAGAUGUCAUAUAUGUGAGGUUUAUGGAUGGCUCAAAUGAUUAACUGUUUACAAUC